CAAACGUCUUCUCCCCCCUAACUGCAAUUUCAUCUCCCCUUUGCCCAUGGCCGCUUGAAUCCGACAAGCUGUCAUCGAAUCUGAAACCGCCGCCCAAUCCGAACAAGACUAACAACUUCGCUGCCGCCAAUCACCCUCUCUGCCUAGAUAUUCGUUCCAUAUUGCUAUUUUCCUUUCUCCUCGACAAUGUUUCCUCUUUUUCUACCUUCUCGUCUUUCUCGCAAGGUUUUUACUAGGUUUAAAGGGCGUGGGUUCUCAUCAUCAUCUUCUUCUUCUCCUCCCGAGGUUUCAGUAUGGUGGCACCUUGACAGCUGUCCCGUGCCCUCAGGGUUUAGCUUUUCCAAGGUAGCACCUUCAAUUACGGCAGCCGUUAGAGCUAACGGAAUUAUGGGUACAAUUCAUAUUCACGCUUAUGGUGAUGUCGACAAAGAGGCUUUUAAUUCAACCAACAUUACUCUACACUCCUUUUCCGACGAUUACCCUUUUGGCAUUCACAAAAGAUAUAAGGAUACAAAGAACAAUACCUAUAAGCAUUUUCUUAUGGAUCUCAAUGACUGGGUUUCCACAAAUCCUCCACCACUACACCUGUUUUUGAUAUUUGGUAAUAGAGACUUUUCUAGCAGUGGCAUAUUGCACCGGUUAAGAAUGUGCAACUACAAUAUCUUGCUUGCAUGUCCCGGAAGGGCUUAUGUUGCUGCUCUCUGCCAUGCAGCAACUAUAAUGUGGGAGUGGUCUUCCAUGCUCAAGGGGGAUGACCUUACAGGAAAACAUUUCAACUAUCCUCCUGAUGGUCCCACUUAUUCAUGGUAUGAAAACUCAAAUGUGCCUCUUGAAAACCCCUUCUCAGUUGUUGAGUUACACACAUCUUCACAAAAUUCGGAGGAGGAGAUAUACAAACCUACCUUGGACAUAAAGUUAAGUCAAGCUUCAAAAUCAUUUUCUAGCCAGGUUAUGAAAAUAUUGUGUUCGCAUCCAAAUGGGAUCUCCAUAGGAGAUCUUCGUGCAGAGUUGACAAACUGUGAUAUGCCUUUGGUUAAACGUUUCUAUGGAAAUAAAAAGUUUUCCAACUUCCUAAUAUCUAUGUCAUAUGUACAACUCCAGUAUUUAGGAGGAGAUAAUUUUUGGGUUUGUUUGGUCCCAUCAACGACAUCUGCUGUUAAGAAUAACCAGAACGAUGGUGCCGCAACUCAAAAGUUGCCCAAUGACGGUAAAAAUAUGGAUAGAAGUGCAGACGGGGUUCCCAAAAUAUCCUCAUCGUGUGUUAACAGCGAGGGUGAUGAUUUAAAAUCAUUCCAAUCUAUCCCUUCACAAGGAAAACCUCUCGGGGAAUACGCUGAUGGUAAAUCAUCAACUCCUUUGUUCAUGGACAGUAUUGUGCAUCAGCCUCCAAAUGAGUUGCAGAAAAAAUCUUUGGAGUUGGAUGUGGCCUGUGCACCAUUGCCGCAGAUUCAACUUCUUCCAAAUGACAACAAUAUUUCCAAAAAAUCUGACAAUGACGUUGUUAAGUCUGAUGAUGGAAAUCCUGAAAUCCUUGAAAAAAUAAUCCCUUCACAGAAUCCGUCUACUUCUAAUGAUUGCACCAUAUUGGAAAACAACCAUGAGAUUCCAACUAGAAAGGAGGUUGAUGAAGUUUGUCGUAGCCCAUUUACUUCAACUUUCUGUAGUUGGAUUAGUAGUUGGUGGACAUUUUGGAAAAGCAAUGCUAAGUCCGAAAUAGACCAUAGUGCUAGUCAUUUUGAAGAGCCCAAGUCAUCAGAACUGCAACAGGAUCUUAGUCAUCCUCUGCAACCUCAUUGGGAUAACUUUAAAUUUAGGGUUGCAGUAUGGUGGGACUUUGACAGCUGUGGCGUCCCCUCCGGCAUUAGCUUUUUGAAUGUAGCACCUUCAAUUAUGGGAGUUCUUAGAGCCAACGGGAUUAAGGGCCCAAUUCAUAUUGACGCUUAUGGGACAAGAAGCAUUUUUCCAAUCUGGCAUUGUUCUCCACCACAUUCCAGGUGGAAAGAACAAGAGCAAAUGCUUUGCGGAUUGGUUUUCUCAAAAUCCCUCCUCACCCAUGCACCUCUUUUUGAUAUCUGGUGAUAAAGACAUAAACUUCUCCUGCAUAUUGCUUCGAAACUAUCAUAGGAGGAACUUUCAUAGGAGGAACGAGAACCUCUUGCUUGCAUGUCCAGGAAAGGCUGAAGAUUAUGUCAGCAGAAGAGCAUUUAUAGUAUGGCGGUGGUCUUCAGUGCUCAAGGGGAAAUAUCUUACUGGAAAAUAUUUCUGUUAUCCUCCUGAGUGGUAUGUUAAGGCGCGGGUGCCUCUUGAAUAUCCUCCAGAGUGGUAUAGAAACUGGAAGGUGCGUCCUAAAAAUCCCUUCUUAGCUGCUGAGGAGCCCACAUCUUCACAAAAUGCAGAGAUCCAUAUACCUUCCUCGUUUUCUCGUGAAGGUCAAAGGGUGUGGUAUAGGCCGGUUAGGGAGGUAUUGAGUUCGUACCCGAACGGAAUCCCCGUCGGAGAACUUAAGAUGAGAUUGGGUAUUUCUGGUGAUACUAAAAUGUUUUCCCAAGUGAUAGCAUCUAUACCACAAGUGCAACUCUUGUAUAUAGGAGAUGAUAAUUUUUGUGUACGUUUGAUCCCAUCAACAACAUCUACCGUUAAGAAGAAGAAGCAGAGGGUUGCUGAUCAUUCAGAAAUGCGUGAGUUAUUUUCUACUGAUUCUUUUGGGGAUGAUGUGGAAACUUUUGUUUUCUCAUCUAGAGGAUCACGUCUUAUUUCCCGAUCAAGAAGCAGGGAGGAUCUGGCUCAUAGAUUACAAAGGCAUGGACCCAUGAUUUUUAUGUCUCUCACCGAAAAUGAAAUCCUUCAAUUGGUGGAAUUGUUGAUAACAAAGUUGAAAUGGUUGAAGGAAAGCCCUUCAGAAGUAUUUCCUUUUAUUCUAACUCAAUCUGUUGGGCUAACUAUGCCCUAACUAUGCCUACUUUAUAGGUGAAAGAGCUGCUAAUUGAUGGCACAUGGCGCAGAAUUCUUGAGAUCCGUCUUUCUCAUCCUCUCCCUCUGCUUAGCGAGCCCGAUAAGUUAGAGGACUAAAGGAUCAAUUAAACCAAUAAGAUACUACGUUCCUUAAAGCAAGAUUUAAGUACUUUAGCUUUGAAUUAAACUUUGUAACAAGUUUAAGAACUUGUUCUGCAUUAAAGGCUAUAGCCCAAUAUAUGAAAAUAAAUCGUAAGAAUAGGUAUAAAAAACCCUUUCGAAUUUGAAUGAGAAUUAAAUAUUAGUU